GCGAACGAGCUGGGCGUGCGCCCUUGCUUCGUGCCCUCAGCCCGCAUGGCGGAGCCGCGGGCGCGUCGUGGAAAGGCCGGGCUGGUCGGGCGGUUUCGGCGCCCGCGCUGAGCCGCGGGGGAGGGGCGGAGGACGCCCGUGCAGCCGGUGCGUUUGCCCUCAGUGAGGCGGGGCGCGCGGCGGACGCCCCCGGGCAGGGGCGGGAGUGGUGAAGGCGCCGGCGGUUGGCACUGAAAGGGGCGGUGAGCGAGCCGCUCCGGUCUCCAGGAGAGGCUUGGCCUUCUGAGCAGAGACGGCGGGAAGCGGCGGCGGCGGCGGCGGCCCUCGGGCCGGCUAGUGAGGCGAUGGCGGCGCCGGCCCCGGGGGCUGGGGCAGCCUCGGGCGGCGCUGGCUGUAGCGGCGGCAGCGGCAGCGGCGCGGGCGCGGGCGCCGGCUCGGGCUCGGGGGUCGGGGGCCGGCUGCCCAGCCGGGUGCUGGAGUUGGUGUUCUCUUACCUGGAGCUGUCCGAGCUGCGGAGCUGCGCCCUGGUGUGCAAGCACUGGUACCGCUGCCUGCACGGCGAUGAGAACAGCGAGGUGUGGCGGAGCCUGUGCGCCCGCAGCCUGGCAGAAGAGGCUCUGCGCACGGACAUUCUCUGCAACCUGCCCAGCUACAAGGCCAAGAUACGUGCUUUCCAGCAUGCCUUCAGCACUAAUGACUGCUCCAGGAAUGUCUACAUUAAAAAGAAUGGCUUUACUUUACAUCGAAACCCCAUCGCUCAGAGCACUGAUGGUGCAAGGACCAAGAUUGGUUUCAGUGAGGGCCGCCAUGCAUGGGAAGUAUGGUGGGAGGGCCCUCUGGGCACUGUGGCAGUGAUUGGAAUCGCCACAAAACGGGCCCCAAUGCAGUGCCAAGGUUAUGUGGCAUUGCUAGGCAGUGAUGACCAGAGCUGGGGCUGGAAUCUAGUGGACAAUAAUCUACUACAUAAUGGCGAAGUCAAUGGCAGUUUUCCACAGUGCAACAAUGCACCAAAAUACCAGAUAGGAGAAAGAAUUCGAGUCAUCUUGGACAUGGAAGAUAAGACUUUAGCUUUUGAACGUGGAUAUGAGUUCCUGGGGGUUGCAUUUAGAGGACUUCCAAAGGUCUGCUUAUAUCCAGCAGUUUCUGCUGUAUAUGGCAACACAGAAGUGACUUUGGUUUACCUUGGAAAACCUUUGGAUGGAUGACGGUGGCUUUCUUGUGAUGAAAUAAAUAUAGAAUGGAGGAGAGAUCUGCUUAUGGGAAGUAGAACCAUGAAGUGACCGUGUCAUAUGUGCAUGUCCAAGAAACAUCCUGAAAAACACAUGAAGUUGAAAACUGGAGAAGCAACUCUACACCAGAGAUUAUCUUCGUGUUUCCUCUUUCUACUGGGCCAGAAAAAUCCUCAGGGUUGCAGUUGGUUGAGUGGGCAGUUGACAUAUGCAUGUUGCAACAGAUGUUGUCUCUAAGUUAGCAAUGUGUUAUUUCCAACUUUAAUGGUGAGACUGUAGAGAUGCUGUCAAAGGGAUAAGAUAAGGAAAUAGCAAGAUUUUUAAGUAGUGUGUUUGUGAAGACUGAUCCCAUUUUACAACUGCCUGUUCUUUCUCCAGUCCCUUUUUUUCCGGCCAGCUUGACUAUUAGAAAAUUAUGAAACUGGUUGAGUUUUAUUUAAUAUUUUUAAUAUAUUGAGAAGCAUGGUCUGCCUGGACUGCACUUCUCUAAAAGUGAGAUAUAAAAUUGUGCAGCUAUUUUAAAAGUUGUAUAUACAAUAUGUGUGUUUAAAAAAAAAACUGUAAAAAAAAAAAAAGGACAAACAGUUUGCUUUGUUCUAGUUCUAAUUUCUUAAAAACCACUACAUGGUUACAAAAUUGGAAUAACAUUUGGAGACAGUUGGAUUAACUACAAAGAAGAGGAUUUUAAGAGAAGAUGUGUUUUAUUGACGCAUUUUGUAUUAUUUUUGGCUUAUAGUUCCCAUGGCUGUUAGAGUCUGGUUUGUUUUUGUUUUUACUAUCAAAAUUAUAGUAAAGAUCUCUCAAUCUCCUGGCUAAAGAUUGAGGGAAGACAAAUCUGUUUCUAAUUAUACAUAUAUCAGAAUGUAAGGAUGUUCUCAACAUCAUAAUAAUGUGCAUCUUUUGGUAUCCAGUUUUUGGCCUUCUAAGAAAGUGUCUCCUAACCAGAACAUUGCCAUUUGCUCUUAUAGGCCUCAAAUAUUAAAACUAUUAGUCAUAGAGCUUAGGAAAAAAAGAAUUGAUUAAUGGUCUUUUUAUUUUGUAACCUUAUAAUGCUGUAGAUAUUAUCAAAACAACUUUUAAUUUCAUAUUGUUUACAUCAUGCAACUAAUCUAAGCCUCAAACUCGUUACUGGGGCUAUAAAGAAAAUGUUUACUUACCCACCUGAAACAGGUUAAGAAUAUUCUUAACCUCAUUAUAGAUAAUUGCCCCCAUGGGACUUGAAAUAUAACACCUUGUGCUGAAAACUUCAGGUUGGCAAUAUUUGAAGGUUUCAUUGUAGAAGAGUUUAACAUUAACUCCUGUUUUGACUUACAAAUCUUAUUUCUCAUCACUAAAAAUGCUUUUGAAUUAAUAAUCCAACACACAUGAGCUGAGAGUUUUUCUUUUGUUAGAAAAGAAACUGACAUCAUCUUUCUGUAUGAAAGUAUAAAUUGUAUGGUUUUAGGUACAUAAGAAUUGACAAAGGAAAGUGAAAUCUUUGUGCUUCUGAGUUAUUGAUGUAUUUAUAUUUUGUUUUAAAUCUAAUAAGGGACAGCAAGCUGCCGGCUGGGAUUCUUGGGCUGCUCCUUGAGAGUUAAGAUUGUCAAUACUCCUAUGAAGCAAGGGAUUUCAGCCAUAGAACAAAGGUUUGUUGUUGCCACCUGAAAGGUUUACAAGUAUUUAUUGUGUAUUUGAUACAUUGCUUGAAAAGAUGAACUCUAUUAAAGAUUCUUUUUGAUGUCCAUGUUAAGAAGAAACCUCCUUGUAUAGGGUGAAAUUAUAUGUUAAAUGUAUUAGAGAAUAUAGAUAAUAUAGAAAUCGAUUUUUCUUGGUGUAGAACAACUCAAUUCGGCAAAGUUUAAAAUUUUAUUAAACAAGAGAAGUGAUUCAGGAUGAAGAUUCACUUGUUAGAAAGUGAUCAAGUCCUUUAAGUACUUGUGUCUUUUUCAGGUUGUGAUAAGGGCAUUCCAAGAGGUUUUGUUGAGAAUUUUGUUUAUAAUUGUCUCUUUUGUUAGUAAACAUUCAUUUGCAACAGUUUUGAAGGUGCUGAGUGGAAAACAGAAACACAUGGUUACUGCAUAUUAGACCUAGAAUGAAAUAAUUGCCUAAAUAUUUAACAACAAGCCAUUCUUAAAGAUUUAAGUUCCUGAAUAUCUCAUUUGCAAAUUAUAUGCGAUAGGGGUUAAUAGCAUGAGCAUCUGGGUAAUGAAGAGCCUUCAUUUAUAAGCCGAUAGGUAAAUGUGUCACUAGAAACCAGUAGUAGCUCUACAGAAUAUUAAAAGAAACUGCUACAAUGUUCAAAGAAAUGGAAUAUCUUUUUCAUUGGUGCUGAGAAGAGCAUUCAAGUAGAAGACAAUUGCACCUGAAGAUUGAGUAUAAAUCAUCCAAACCAGUGGUUCUCAACAUUGGCUGUACUUUGCAGUCACUUUGGAGUGUUCUAAGAAGCACUGAUGCUUGGGUUCCAUAUGCUAAGAUUCUGAUGUUGGUCUGUAAUAUCACCCAGUCAUAAAGAUUUUUAAAAACUUUCUGGGGCAUUUCAACAUGUUGCCAAGGUUGAGAACCAUUGAUCUAAAAUUCACCUUGAGUUUUCUCAUCUGCAAAAUAGAAAAAAAAAAUCCUUGCUCCCUCCCUUCACUACCUCACAAGGAUAUUGAGGGUAAAGGAGAAAAUAAUGGGAAAGUGCUUAUGCUGUGGAUAAAAAGUGCUAUUAAAAGCAAAGUGUAGUGUUCUAUUUCAAUUCAUAGUGUGAUCAGGAAAAGUGUAACUGACUAUACUUUGUUGACUUGGGAAACCCGGAGCACUUCCUUUGGUUCUUUAACGAAGCAUACAGAUGUGGAAGCAGACGUUACUAUUCUUAUUCCUACUAUGGUCUUCUGUCACACUUGGGAUAGGCUGUUUUAAUUACCUGGUUUUACAUAGGAAAGAAGAAUAUUAAGGCUUAAAGUAUGUAAUGGUCAAUGACUCAUAAUUCAUUAAAUCUUUUCAUACAAGGAA